AUGCCAUCCCCAUCUCUAUCACCUUCACCCCAGAUUAAAGGCCGUGUUGCAAAAGCCCGGAUUUGUCCCCAUUGUGGCCGAGGCUUCCGCCGAACUGAACAUUUGGAGCGCCAUGUGCGAACCCACACCAAGGAGAAACCUUUCAUUUGUUUUUGUGGAGCAGCUUUUACUAGACGAGAUCUAUUGAAGAGACAUAAUCGACUUGCACAUCAAGAUGACCUGUCGUCUACUAAUUCUCAACCCGUUGGGUCACCGGUGAGGGCCGGUUCUCAAGCACCCCAGGUUGCAGCCCCGGGAGUCAUCCCACAAAGGUAUGAUGCAUCUGUCCGUCCAGUAGGAUCAAUUCCGGCCCCUUCAACGGUGCAUCCAUGGCCUGUACCCCAACCGGAGCAUGCAUCGUAUCUAUCACAAAGCCAGGCCAGCGGCAUGAUGCCGGCUGCCCCAGCUAAUCACCACCCGGAGGCUCAUCCUGGCAUGCAUGACCCGGCUAUGAUCCAAGCUGCGCAGUUGCUUAUUCCUGGAGAUUACCAGGCCCCUCCGCUGUCCUAUUUACCAGAAGAUCUGAAUCAUUUUCAAGAAUUCACUCAUUUUUUGGAUUCAAUCGGGCUUCCGGCUGAAUGGCUUCCUAACGAAGGAGAAGGCAUUCAAAUUCAAGAAAUUGGUCUGGAAGACGUGCAAAAGACCACACAACCACCCCAGGAGCAAUCACGACCCCAACGAACUCGAGAAGAGUCUCGUGGCGAUUCUCCAUUCCGGUCAUGGUUGCCGUCAGUACCUAGGGGCGACCAGAGCCUAACAACUAUUUCAGAUACAGAACCGCCACACGCUGUCAAUGCUUGUAGGUUCAAUGUCUCUGAGGAUCAACGGUUUCGACUCGCUGCUUCGCUUGAGGACUUUCGCAAUGUUAUACCCGACUUCACUCUUCCAUCCCGCCACACAUUAACCCGAUACUUAACAUCCUACUUUGAAGGAUUUCAUCCUCAUAUUCCAUUCAUUCACGUCCCGACAUUUCGCUUUAAUGAGUGCUCCCCAGAACUAGGGCUGGCUAUAAUGACGAUUGGAGCCCAGUAUCGAUUUGAGCACCGCAACGCCGAAAAAAUAUUUCAUGUUUCCAAAGCGAUCUUAUAUGAACGUAUUUCCAGAGAAGCUCGCAUUGCUGCACAUGGUUACCCCUCUUCACUGGGCGAUAUGCAAUAUACAAAUGGGAGAGAAAACCAGCCCGCGACCCUUACGUCUAGUGCGUCGAGACAGAUGGAAGUCAUUCGCUGUCUGUUAGUGCUCAUGAGCUAUGCUACCUGGGAACGAGCUGGGCUCGUACAAGAGGCAUUCCAACUUCAAGCUCAGCUCGUUCAAAUCCUUCGGGAGGCGGGGUUGACAGAACCGCAGUCUGAUCCACAUGCUUUAUCGACAGACUGCAUCGCCUACAAUGUCUACCCGUCUCUUCGGAGCAGCGAGAUACAUAUGCGACUUCCUUGCUCUACCAAAGAAUGGAUAGCCAAAAAUGCCACGGAGUGGGAAGCUGCUCAACAAGAGCGGGGGCCUCAGCAGCUUUUCUUCCAAGAUGCUCUCACUCUACUACUGCAGAAGUCAAGAUCUGCAGUUCCAAUCAAUCCUAUUCCCUCGCCAUUGGGAAAUUACAUGCUGCUUCAUGGUCUACUUCAGCGGAUCCACAUAGUCAGUGAAUUAUCAUUACCAAAUGGAAACCACUCGACCACCCUACCAACCGAAGAGCUUAACAAGAUCGAACGUGCUCUUCGUUCCUGGACAUCCGUUUGGCAACAAGCUCCCGAGUCAAGUCUUGACCCACAUAAUGCAAAUGGACCCAUCCCAUUCACAUCUAGUGCGCUAUUAGGUUUAGCCUAUGUGCGAUUGUCCUUGAAUCUCGGUCCAUAUCGCCGACUUGAAACGCGAGAUCCAUUGACAAUAGCGUCCGCUCUUUGCCAAUCCCCCAAACCUGAACGAAGUUACCGUCUUAUCCCCGCGUUGAUAUAUGCCGCUCACGCCCUCAGCAUUCCUGUGCGAUUAGGGAUUGAUCAUAUUGCCCGGAGUCAAGCCUUUUUCUGGAGUGUGCGCCACUCUCUUGCUAGUUUGGAAUGUGCUGUCCUACUAAGUAAAUGGCUUUUCACACUUGCUGAAGCGGCUCCGGAUCAAGAACUCAGUGAGAAUGAAAGUCGCAUACUCAGAUGGACCCAAUGCAUUGUGGAAGAAGCAUACUCUUCAAUUGAUUUAGAAGAUGAACCUGAAACUCCGCUCAACUUGGAUCCAGCAUCUUUGGGAAUGGCGGUACUCAGAUUAUGGUCAAGGUUAUUCAAACACAACACUCAAUGGCCUUUCAUCAAUGCCCUUGGUAAGAGCUUGGAGAAGUAUAUGACUAUGAUCUGA